AUGAUCGAGCAUGGGGAGCGGGCGAAGCGCCUUCAAGAGGUCUCAGCCGUUCACCUGGGCAACUUGACCUCCUACACAGGGUUCUUUACUGUGGAUGCCCUCAAGGGAAGCAACAUGUUCUUCUGGUACUUCCCUGCCAUGAACGGCAAUGCGGCUGCUCCUCUCCUCGUGUGGCUGCAGGGAGGACCAGGAGGGUCAAGCAUGUUCGGGCUGUUCCAUGAGAUCGGUCCCUUCUCUCUCUCGAAGCAGAACGGGAAGGUGAAAUUGGAUCCUCGUGAGACCACAUGGAACAAGCGCUACUCCCUCCUCUUCAUCGACAACCCCGUGGGAGCUGGAUUCUCCUACACCUCCUCACAGUCAGGGUACCCUACCACAGAGGAGGAGGUAGCCAAGAACCUUUUGUCCUGUCUGUUGCAGUUCUACCUUGUGUUCCCUUCCUCGCUCAAGGUCCCCCUCUACAUUACAGGGGAGAGCUAUGCUGGCCACUACAUCCCUGCCUUCGGCUUCGCCAUCCUGCAGCACAACGACAUGCUGGUACCUGACAGCCCUGAACGCGUCCCCCUUGCCGGCAUCGCCAUCGGGGACGGAUGGAUUGAUCCGAUCAACAUGGUCCCCGUGUACCCGCAGCUGCUGCUCGAGACGGGGCUGAUAGACACAGCAGCAUCGGUGAAGUUUGAUGAGAUGUGCUCCAAGAUCGUCACUGCGAUCAAGAGCAAGUACAUGGAGCUGGCGUUCGAAACUUGGGAUGAGAUGAUUAACGGUGACCUGUUCCCUUACGGCAGUUUGUUCUUCAACUACACGGGGAGUUACGAUUACGACAACUUCCUCAACACUGACCAGCCACAGGAAUUCUCCCUGUAUGCUGAGUAUCUUGACACCAAGGACGUCAGGGAGCAAAUUCAUGUUGGAAGUGUUCCCUUUGGUACCAACGCAUCUGAUUGUGAGAAGAGCCUCAAGAGCGACUUCAUGCGCUCCAUGGUCCCUGAGCUGACAGCUCUGAUCGCGAAGACAAAGGUCCUGAUCUACUCCGGAAACCUCGACAUCAUAGUGGGGGCACCUUUAACAGAAGCUUUCAUGAGCAAGCUCAAGUUCGACGGCAGCGCCGGCUUUCAUGCCGCCUCCAGAAGACCGUACAAGUUGUCUUCCUCGAGUUCAGACGUCGCUGGUUACGUGAGGCACUGGGGGAACUUGACGCAGGUGGUGGUCAGAGGAGGAGGGCACAUCCUGCCCCACGAUCAGCCUGUCGCUUCCUUGGACAUGAUCACUCGAUUCGUUGAGACCAAGGGAGGAUGGUGCUCCUGUGACGAUUCGACAUGCUCGAAGAAAGGAGACGACAGCGAGGUCUGCUGCCCGAGCGGCGUCUGCCAGGGAAGGAGCACAUCAUGA